AUGAAGUCGUUGUUCGCGAAAGAUGUGGAUUUCUGGUUGGAACAAUUGGUUCGAGUUGGAGUGUUUGAGAAGGUCGAAGCGAUUGCGCAACAAAACACUGCUGCUGCUGCUGCUGUGCAAUCGCAACAGCAGCAGCAGGUCACUUCACAGCCGUCCACAAAAGAAGGAGGUAAUAAGAAUCUGAAUGAGAUGAACAUCGAGGAUACGAAUACCCAACAACAACACCAACAACCUUCAACAACACCAAAAGCGAUAAAUCUCAUCAAUAACACUGCAGUCACACAACAACAAAAUUCUUCUCGUGAAGGUAGUGAAAUGGCUUUGAUUUGUAAUUAUUUUUGGACGUAG